CGCAAGGGGAGAGGGGGCGUGACAGCCUAACUCGCCCGGCCGGAUCUCCCGGGUCGCUAAAUAAAAUUCUGGACCAGCAGCCGGAGCUCUGCUAGCUACAGGCUACAGCACCUUGCUCAUUGGCAUAUUCGCCCGGAGCCGGAGGCUUCCUGUUUGAUCCCUCCUCCCCUCCCCAAUCAGAGAGAAAAUUUCAGAGCCCACGUCCAAUAAAGAGAGGGGGCUCAUCCGUCUAUGCGGAGGAGUGUUUGGCUCCCUCCGGUCUUCCCCAGAGCAGAGCAGCAAGCGAGCAAAUCCAGCAAUAGCAGCCGAGCAGCGGCGGAUCGCCGUCGCCAUUGGUGCGGUGCGCGCCCGUGCGAACUUUUAGCGAGCGCGGAGCGCGGGGACGGACGGGCUGUAUAUAUAGCGGGAGGGGCGCGCUCCGGUCCGGUAACGCGCCGCAGGGAGGGGGGCUGAGUGGGCAGGAUUAGGCAGGGCCGCGCCGUCCAUCCAGGAGCCAGGGACUUGGGCCAUGGGGGACGGGGGUGCUGCCGACGACGGCUCCUCCCCGCCGGCGGCCGCGGGAUUCUCCUACCUCGCCGUCUUCCACAACUACCCCCUCGUCGCCGCCCUGCUCGGAUUCGCCAUCGCGCAGUCCAUCAAGUUCUUCGUCACGUGGUACAAGGAGAACAGAUGGGAUCCUAAGCAGCUUAUUGGCUCCGGCGGUAUGCCAUCAUCACACUCUGCCACAGUUACAGCACUAGCAGUAGCGAUUGGAUUCCAAGAUGGUUUUAGUUGCUCUCUCUUUGCAACAGCAGCUAUAUUUGCAAGUGUGGUGAUGUACGAUGCUUCUGGUAUCAGAUUGCAUGCUGGAAAGCAAGCAGAGGUAUUGAAUCAAAUAGUUUGUGAACUUCCUUCUGAACAUCCCUUGUCUGAAACAAGACCACUGCGAGAACUUUUAGGCCAUACACCGACCCAGGUGGUUGCUGGCGCGUUGCUUGGGUGUGCAAUAGCCACAGCAGGACAGUUAUUCGUUUGAAAUUUGAAGGUGCAGCAGAACUGUUGUAGCAUUUGCAGGGACUUGAGAAGAAGUUUUCUCAAGUGUUCUGCUACUUUAGGUAUUGGUAAGAUUUGCAAAUAUGUGCUGUAGUGUUGUUGAAGGUUGAAAAGCUUUGGUGGCACCUGAUUGUACGCCAGGUGAUGUUCACAGGGUGGUUGUACAGAACAUUUGUUCGAUAACUUAAUGGUUAUUGUGAAAUCUAAACGUGAUUAUUUUGGCAAUGAUUUGCGACCA